CAGAGAGACACACAGACAGACAGAGAGACAGAUGGACAGACAGACAGACAGAGGGAUAGAGAGACAGACAGAUAGCGAGACAGACGGACAGAGAGACAAACAGAAAGACAAACGGACAGACAGACAGACAGAGGGACAGACAGAAGAAAACAGGUGAGGUGAAUCUCUGCUACUUGUCAUUGAUCAAUGACCCCUCAGAUUUAAUGUACCAUCUGAUAAACACUGUGUGUGUUCGCGUGCGUGCGUGCAUGUGUGUGUGCAUGAGUGUGUGAGUGUGUUUACUCUGCUGUUAAUAAAGUUAACAGAUCAAACAACAUGCUGACCUUCGACCCCGCGAGCAGCUAAUCACAGACGGACGCCAUGGACACCAUCAGGACUCUUCUGACUCCCUCAAGGGGCGGGGCCGAGGAGGAGGAGGGGGGAGGGGCUCUGAGGUUUGUGAUGUCAGAGGAGGAGGAGGCGGGGCCGAGUAGUGACAUCACAGCUCUGGUACAACGAUAUCGCCAUGGUUACCGGAAAGUUGUGGUGUUCAUGUGCGUGAGCAUCAUCAUCAUCUUCACUGCUGCGUUCCUAUUGGCCUACGCUGUGUUUGGUGGGCAGUGCCACUGCACCCAGUGGGGGGGGCAGGGGGAGGAGGAGGGGAGCGGGGCUAAAGGACCUGCAGCAGGAGGGGCGGAGCUUUACCUGGGAGAGUUGCGGGCGAUGAUGAGGAGGCUGCUGCAGGAUGAAGAUAUCGACAACACAGUCAGUCGAAUCAGCAGAGCGAAUCAUCCUCCAGGGUCCUCAGGGGGAACGUCUCUGGCCUCAGAGGUCCUCCGGCGCUUCAGAGCCCUGCAGAUGGAUCACACCUGGACUGAGCCUCUGUACGCCACGCUGCAGUUCCCCCACAGGUCUCAGAGGAGCUCUCUGUGGCUGGUGGACUCUGCAGGACUGACCUCAGAACAGAUUCCCCUGAACCCGUCUGACUUCUGUCCCUACAGCGCCACAGGAAGUACCACGGGCGGAGUUGUCUACGCCAACUACGGCCGUCCAGAGGAUUUUAACUGGCUGAAGAGCGCGGGCGUGUCCGUGAUUGGUUGUGUGGUGGUGAUGCGUGUCGGGGGCGGAGUCAAUUUUGCUGAGAAGGUCAUGUUGGCUGAAAAGGGCGGGGCGGGGGGAGCUUUGAUCUACCCAGAUCCCGCCGACCUGCCACAGGACCCCCGACGCCUUGGACUGAACACACACACCGCCGUGUCUGAACAUGUCCACAUGGGGUCAGGUGACCCCUUCACCCCCGGCUUCCCCUCCGUCAAUCACACUCAGUUCCCUCCUGUCCAGUCCUCCGGCCUGCCACUUAUCCCCGCCCUGCCAAUCAGUGCCACUGUAGCUGCCAAGCUGCUCAGCCAGCUGUCAGGUUUGUCCUGCCCUCCAACAUGGCGGGGUCGGCUGCCGUAUGUGCGCUGUGUGAUCGGUCCAGAGUUCAGCUCAGGACAAAGAGUCAAGAUGUCAGUUCACAACGUCAUGACACCAGUCCUGCUCAACAACAUCUUCUCCUCUCUGGAGGGCCGAGAUGACCCAGAUCAGUACAUCAUUCUGGGAGCUCAGAGGGACUCUCUGGGUCCAGGAGCAGUGAAGUCUGGAGUCGGAACAGCGAUCCUCCUGGAGCUGGCACGAACUUUCUCUGCAAUGGUCAAGAAUGGUUUCAGUCCCAGGCGCAGUUUGCUGUUUGUAAGCUGGGACGCCGGAGAUUUUGGGAACGUUGGAGCUACUGAAUGGCUGGAGGGUUACCUGUCCAUGCUGCACCUGAAGGCCGUGGCCUACUUCAGUCUGGACCAGGCGGUCAUGGGUGAUGAUGUCCUGUCUGCCUUCACCAGUCCUCUUCUGGUCGACCUGCUGGAAGCUGCCAUCAGACAGGUGGAGCAUCCCAAACAUGUGGGUCAGACCAUCUACAGCCAGGCUGAGAGGGAGGGAGGCAGCUGGAGGAUUAUGAAGCCGCUCUACCUGAACAGCGGAGCGUACAGUUUCACGGCGUUUGCAGGAGUUCCAGCUGUGGAGCUCAGAUUCAGCGAGGAGCGAGCAUACCCGUUCGUCAACACGCCACUGGACACCCCCUCCCGCCUGCAGGAGGUGCUGGGUGGCCGUCUCGGUGUGGUGGGGCGGAGCCUCGGGGAGCUGGUGGGGGAGAUGGUGCUGCGGUUGGCCCACGACCACAUCGUGCCGCUCCGAAUCACGUCCUACGCUCAGACGGUGCUGCACUUCAGUGCUCAGCUCAACAAACAUGCCACGGAGCUGCAGUCCAGAGGUCUGUCUCCUCAGUGGCUGUUCAGUGCUAGGGGAGAUUAUAGUCGAGCAGCUGAGACUCUUCAGAGAGCGAUCGACUACAGCGACCUGCACGACCCGAGCACUGCCCGCUGCUACAGCACCCGCAUCAUGAAGGUGGAGUACUGCUUCCUGUCCCAGUAUGUGUCAGUGGUGGAGACGCCGUUCCGUCAUGUGAUCCAUGGCCGUGGCGACCACACUCUGAGUGCACUUAGUGAGCACCUGACCCUGCUGACCUCUGACCCCCAACGCUUUGACGAGCAGCGAUUUAGACGGCAGCUCGCCUUCUUCACCUGGACGCUGCAGGGAGCCGCCAACAGCCUGAGAGGAGAUGUGUGGAGCAUACACACCUCUCACACACACUGAUACACACACAUACACACACACAUUGAGACACACACACACUGAGACAAACACACACACACUGACACACACCUCACACACUGACACACACACACACACACACACACACAGACACAGACAUUCAUUUAUCAAUGAGCGGACGACAGAAAGUAAGCGGAAAGUGGGCAUACGAUCAUUUCUAAAAGGCUCGGCUUUUAUCAAUGUGGACGUGAGCGGAGGGUACAGUCAGAUCUCAGUCUGCUCUCAGCUCGUGUAUGCAAAUUUCAGUCAGCGUGAAGUCCACACGUCUGAGUCUGAGAAUUGAUCUUAGACUAUUGUAUUGAUGCCUGGAGCUGAUAAAACUCUGCCGUGUUUUGUUUUUUAAUGGUGACAAACCAAAACAUGUUUAGACUACAUAAUUUAUCAUUAAAAUAUCAUUUAAAAUAAAUACACCCUGUGACCGUGAAAGUCUUUAAUCAGAAUACUAGCCGAGGCUAUUAAAUGUUGUUGUCUUCCGUUAUUUACUGUUAUUAUUAUUAUCCUGCUGCACUGUAAACCCAGAUUUUGUUUCUAAUUAAACUUCCGAGUGA